CUCUUGAUGAGUAGCUAAUAAAAUGGUUAAAUCUCUUAUACGUUCUACAAAUUAAUGAUAUCAAUUUAACUAAGACAAUUCAUUGUCUGAAAAUAAAAAUUUCAUAUUUAAAUCAAUCAAUAGCCAACAAGAAGCCCAACAGUGGCUGGUUUGGGGAAACUAUUUGGCCUAUCUUGAUGUGACCUCCGAGAGAUAAGGCCUGCUGGCUCUACUACUCGCUCCUGCAUGAGUCAUCACGGCUAGGCGAUCAAGAAGCCGGUUAACAAUCGUCGCUGCACGAUUUCUGCCGGAAGGGAACGACGGCUGGCAUUUAUAAGCCUUCAUUUUUUUUUCUAUUUAUUUCUUAAUCCAAGAUGGUGUUAUAUUGAAAUGGAUGAGAUGCAAAAGCAAGUUUAGGAUACAAAUUAUUGAAGAUGCCAUAUAAAUGCUCAGUUCAAGCUUGCCGUGGAAAUUAUAAUGAAGAAAAUAAAGUCGCUGUUUUUGGAUAUCCCACUGAUGAGGCCUUAAGAAAGAAAUGGCUGAGUGCAAUUCCAAGAAAAAGUUCUACCAUUACAAAGAAUUCUAAGGUAUGUGAAAGACAUUUUAAAGAUGGUGAAGUGCUUUACAGAACUACUAUCUACAAAGAAAGUACUGGCGAAACAUUUUCUGCUCCUCUGAAGAAGCCCAGGCUAAAAGAAAAUGCUGUGCCAAGUAUUUUUCCUGGCUGCCCAACAUAUUUAUCAUCAUCAACAUCCUCAAUUCGAGAGAGUCCUUCAAAAAAGAGGCAACGAUUAGAACAAGCCCAAAUUGAACGUUCCAUAAUUGAAAGCUUAAAUUCUAAACAGAACUAUGACAAUUGUCUCCUUAUAAUGGCUGGGUGCAAUGAAAGGAAAUCUGUUUCUUCAAAUGAAAAUGAACUUUAUGCUGAUUAUGUAAAAGUCUAAGUGCACAAUUAUCAUUGAAACAGCUGCUGAUCAUUGUUUUAGAAGAAAAAAGCAUGCAAAAUGUAAAUAAUGGAGAUAUAUUACUUGAUGAAAAGCAUACAGUUGGAGUGAUGAAUGUAUAAAAGCAAUUGCUAGUGAUGCAAAAGGCAAUCUGUUUCUUCAAUAAGAUUUCACAUACAAAUAUUUGUGGUAUGGAAUCUCCACAAAACGAUGUUAUUUUAAGUCAACAUUUUCAUAUGGAUGCAAAAAAGUCCUUGCAUGUUUGUAAUAUUUGCAGUAAAGAAUUUUCAGAAAUUUGUACUUUGAAUGAACAUCAUUAUUCUCACACAAAUGAAAAAUCAUGUUCUUGUAAUAAAUGCGGUAAAGAAUUUCUUUGCAAUCAUGCUUUGAAGAUGCACUCUCUGACCCAUAAAAAUGAAAGACCUUACUGUUGUGAUGUAUGUGGUAAAGACUUUUCACGCAAAAUUGAUUUAACUGUUCAUUACCGUUCACACACUAAUGAAAAACCAUUUACCUGUGAUAUGUGCAAUAAAAAAUUUGCUCUGAAAAAUAUUUUAAAGCAGCACUAUCGAACUCAUACAAAAGAAAAGCCAUAUUCUUGUGAUGUAUGUAAUAAAGCAUUUUCUGACAAAGGCAAUCUUAAUACGCAUUAUCUAACUCAUUCAAAUGUUAAGCCCUAUUCUUGUGAAAUGUGCAGUAAACAAUUUUCUAGGAAAAGUUACUUAAAAGAACAUUAUGGAACUCAUACAAAUGAAAAACCUUAUUCUUGUGAUGUAUGUAAUAAAAACUUUUUGCGCAAAUAUGAAUUAAAAAGACAUUAUUAUAUUCAUACAAAUGAAAGGCCCUAUUCCUGUGAUGUAUGCAAUAAACAAUUUUCUCAAAAAUGUCACUUAACACAGCAUUACCGAACUCAUACAAAUGAAAAUCUUUAUUCGUGUGAUGUAUGCGGUAAAAGCUUCCCUCAGAAAGGUUGUUUAAAUAGGCAUCUUCGAACUCAUACAAAUGAAAAACCUUAUUCUUGUGAAAUAUGUAGUAAACAAUUUUCUGAGAAAGGUCAUUUAAAUGAGCAUCGCAGAAUUCAUUCAAAUGAAAAACCUUAUUCGUGUGAUACAUGUAGUAAAGAUUUUUUGCGCAAAUGUGACUUAAAAAAACAUUCAAGUAUUCAUACAAAUGAAAGGCCCUAUUCCUGUGAUGUAUGCAGUAAACAAUUUUCACAGAAAAGUCACUUGAGACAGCAUUGUCAAACACAUACCAAAGAAAAACCUUUUUCAUGUGAUGAAUGUAGUAAAAAAUUUUCUCGAAAAUCUGAAUUAACUAUUCAUUACCGCUUUCAUACAAAUGAAAAACCCUAUUCUUGUGAUGUGUGUGGCAAAGGUUUUACUUCUCGACGUUCUUUAAAUAAACAUUUUCGUAUUCAUGCGAAUAAAAAAAUUGAAUCCAGUGAUAUAUGUUGAAAGAAUGUUCCCGAAAAGGGAUUUAAAUUAACAUUUUUGUGUUCCUACGAAGAAAAUAUAUUUGUUUUGUGAAAUAUUAUGCUGCAGUAUCCAAAAGUAUUUCAACCCUAAUUUGCUAUGAACUGCUUUGUAAACCAACUAAUGGUUAUACUAUCUUGGCCUGAAGAAAAAAAUUGAGAAUUGUAUAAGUUUCAAUUUAUGAUAACUUUCCAUGUAUUAAAAGAUAGAAGUGUUCACUUGUUUCCAAAGCUGAAGGAUUAAACACAUUUUAAAUUA